AUGCUGUCAUUCCAACAGCCGAUCAGCACUGCUGGCCCAUACAUGCUCAAGUCCGAACCAGCGUAUACCUCCCCCCACCAUGGCCAAGUCAAUCUGAUCGAUCCCUGCGAUGAGUUUCACCGUCUCGUUCGAGCUCUCUCUGAUGUCCUUGGCCCUUCUUCGGGGAUCAACUCUGACGAUGUGGACGAAAAUGACUUGAUACGCCUCAUGGAACAAUACACUUCCCAGGAAAGGCAGUGGCGCCAUUACGCCUUUGCCGAUCCCAGCAGAAACUACACUCGCAACCUCGUGGACGAAGGGAACGGCAAAUCCAACUUAUUGGUGCUUGUCUGGAAUCCAGGAAAAUCCAGUCCGAUACACGACCAUGCAGACGCCCAUUGUGUGAUGAAAAUCCUCAAAGGCAGCCUCAAGGAAACACUGUACGCCGUUCCACCUUGCUUGACUGAGAAUGCAGCUUCGAAUGGCGCCGUGACGCCACCGCAAAUCGUCAAGGAAUCAACGUACCACGAGAACGAAGUUACCUACAUCUCAGACAAGAUUGGUUUGCACAAGAUAUCCAACCCUUCCGAUGAUGAGGUGGCCGUAUCGCUCCACCUCUACACGCCGCCCCAUGCGGCCAAUUUCGGCUUUCACCUAUUUGACGAGCAGACAGGAAAGCCUACGCACAUCAAGCAAGCAGGCUUCUUCUCGGACCGGGGAAUCCCCAUUGAAAAGUGCAAGUUCGGAUCAUUUUGA